CACUCGAGUCGCAUCUCCCUAGCGAGUACUGGCACCACCCAGCAGCGCUAGACGACAUCGCAUCAUGAGGACCUUGGCAGUACUGUUGUCGCUGGUGGCUCUGGCCCUAGCUCGCCCCGGCUACCUCGGCUACCCCUACUCGCUCUCCACGCAGUACCACGCCCAGGACGCGCUGGGACAGUACAGCUAUGGCUACGCCGGCGGUCCGUCAGCCAAGAGCGAGGUGAAGUCCUGGGACGGCGUCACCCGCGGUGGAUACUCGUACGUGGACGCCGAGGGCAAGCUGCAGUCCGUCUCCUACACCGCCGACCCCGUGAACGGCUUCCGAGUGGCCGCCACCAACCUGCCCAAGGCUCCCGCCCCUGUGGAUUCGGCGCCACUGGUGGCCCCCGAGCCCGUGCAGGACACCCCUGAGGUGGCGGCCGCCAAGGCUGCCCACCUGGCCGCCCUGGCCGGCGUGCCGACGCCCCUGGGGGCUCCCGAGCCCGUCAAGGACACCCCUGAGGUGGCAGCUGCCAAGGCCGAGCACCUGGCCGCCGUGGAGAGGGCUGCUGUGGCCGCAGCUGCUGCCCCCGAGGUGCCGCUGUCGCUGUACUCCGGCCUGCCGCUCGGCGCCGGCUUCGCCUACUCCAGCGUGGCCCCCGAGCCCUACCUGUACCGCGCCGCGCCCUGGUGGUGACCGGCCGCCGCGACUGCGACUGCGACUUGUGACCGGCGACUGGUGACUGGUAUAUGGUGACCAGUGGCCGCAGAUGCUAUUAUACCCUGCUCCCCGUCCGUCUCCACUAUCUUCAAGUCUGUUGAGAGAGUGUCUUUGCGUGAUUGUGAUCAAGAACUGAGUCAAUACUUUUAGGUUGUAAUAUAAUCUUGUAGCAUAUAUUAUUGUUGUAUGUUUAAUAAACGCAUUGUUGCAAUUACAAAAA